GUGUGUGUGUGUGUGUGUGUGUGUGUGUGUGUGUUACUCUCAGGCAGCAUAAAGACGACGUUCAGAGCUAAAAACUUGUGAUUCACGGCAUGGAGCGUGCGUCAGCGGGCAGCUGCAGCCCUGUGAUCCGGGUCAGGCUGGCUGGAUGAGCCUCAGAUCUGCCUCUAAACCCAACAUCAAGCUGCUCCACUCGUCUUUUUUUCUUUUCUUUCUCCAUUUCCUGCCUCUGUUUUCCUUCUCUCCGGUCAAAUCUGAGACAUCAGCGGCUGCUCUGCACCGUGAACGGCUGGUCGUAGGUCCACGGCGGGGGGGCGCAGCGACACGGAGUCGGUCCUCUGCGGUGUCUCACAUGUCUUCUGUCUCCUGGGACGAGGACAAGCCUUAAAGACCCGGACUCGCAGGGACAGAUAGGCCUGACUCCGCCAUCACUUCAUGAGAAGGGGAAUCAUGGCAGCUCCUUUAUCUGUGGAGGAGGAACAGGCAACUAGACAGUUUCUAGAGGAAAUCAACAAGUGGACCAGUCAGCAUGGAGUUUCACCACUGUCCAGGGAACUGGCCGUCAAGUUCCUCAUGGCUCGAAAGUUUGACGUCCUCCGUGCCAUAGAGUUGUUCCACAGUUACAGGGAAACCCGACUGAAAGAAGGAAUCGUCAGACUCCAGCCUCACGAGGAGCCCCUUCGCUCAGAGCUGCUCAGUGGGAAGUUUACAGUGUUGAGUGUGCGAGACCCUUCAGGAGCCUCCAUUGCCCUGUACACCGCCAAACUGCAUCAUCCCAACAAGACGGGCAACCAUGUAGUGCUUCAGGCUCUCUUCUACCUCCUGGACCGGGCAGUAGAAAGCUUUGAGACACAGAGGAACGGCCUGGUGUUUAUCUAUGACAUGGCAGGUUCCAACUACACAAACUUUGAGCUGGACCUGAGCAAGAAGAUCCUCAACUUAUUGAAGGGGGCGUUCCCAGCCAGGCUGAAGAAGGUGUUGAUUGUUGGGGCUCCUGUCUGGUUCCGUGUUCCCUACAAUCUGCUCAGCCUUCUGCUGAAGGAGAAGCUCAGAGAGAGGGUUCAGAUGGUAAGAAUGUCCGACCUGCGUCAGCACCUCCCCAGGGACUGUCUCCCCCAGCACCUGGGGGGUCUGCUGGCCCUGGAUGCAUACAGCUGGAACCAGCAGCUCCUGGCGGGUCAGAACGGCAGAGUAGACCCUGUGGAUGAGCUGGUGGGGAUCCCCGUGGAAGACUCAUCCAUCCACACACCGGGGCCUGAGUCCAUGCGCCCCCAGGAGCUGCUGGCUCACCUGGGUCGUCUGCAGCGCUCGGGUGUCCAUCAAGAGUACGAAGAGCUUCGUAAAGAGUCUCCCCCUGGAAGCUUCCACUGUGCACAACAUGUGAACAGAGACAUGUGAGUCAUUUCCAGUACCUGAGCUGGCCCGACUACGGAGUCCCCACCUCAGCAGUGACUCUCAUCGACUUCCUAGGAGCUGUAAAGAAACAACAGAGGAAGAUGGUGAAGGCUUUGGGCUCUCAGUGGACAGGCCACCCACUGGGACCACCAAUGGUGGUCCACUGCAGCGCUGGCAUUGGGAGAACAG